AUGCGGGAUGGGGCAUCCGCAGCCUCUCUGGGCAACCCGUCCCAGCACCUCACCACUCUCUCUUUUGAUUUGUGCUUUCUGUUUUUGCAGGCUGAGGUAGAAGAAACGCUGAAGCGAAUUCAGAGCCAGAAAGGAGUGCAAGGAAUCAUUGUUGUUAACUCUGAAGGUAUUCCUAUCAAAAGUACUAUGGACAACACCACAACCAUUCAGUAUGCUGGCCUAAUGCACAGCUUCAUCAUGAAGGCAAGGAGCACUGUGCGAGACAUUGAUCCCCAAAAUGACCUCACAUUCCUGCGGAUCCGCUCCAAGAAAAAUGAAAUCAUGGUUGCUCCAGAUAAAGACUACUUCUUGAUUGUCAUCCAGAAUCCAACCGAAUGAUUACACUAACUUGAUCUGCUUUAUUUCCUUUCCCCAACUUUUUUUUUUUAAUUUAAUGCUAAAGAGUAGAGCUCUAGUGUUAACUCUGCUGUGCCACUUCUGUGAUGUUUUGGAAGAACAAAAGCAGAUGUUCUUGAUGUCUGUAUGUUUUUUACAUACAGAAAAAAGUGGCUUCUUUUGGUAUCAUUCGUCAUUUUGAGAAGGAAAUGGUGAAUAAGAAUCUGGUGACCUUGGCAGUAACAAAAGUAAAAUAAAAAUGCAACAGAUACUUUUAAUAGUUGACAAGAUAACAUAAAAAAUCCUAAUAAUGUUCUACAAGAUUAUUCUCUGUACAUUUCCAUGAUCCUGUCACCACUAUUUGAGUUAAGCUCUUACACUAUCACUUUUGAAUGACUGUAAAUAUGAAACCUUCCUGUCCUGUUCUCUCUUAUUUUAUAAGUUACUUUGAAAAAGUCUGGUCGUAUUAAAUUAAAAAAGUGUCAUCAGUGAUGGCCUUUGUCUUGUUUUUCUUUGUCUUGUAAGGAGUUUAAUUAUUGUCAUGAUUGGUUUUUUUUCUUCAAAAGUAGAACCUUUGUAGGGCGUUUUACCUAUCUGUUGCUUUGUCUGAACAGUGAUUCACUUAAAAUACAUGUACUGCAUGCUUAUAAUUGCCUCAGACGUUGGAGUGUUUUUCCAUCACGUCUCUUUGUUGUCUCAGGCAGCAAGCAGAGGUGCUGUGACCGAGUGCAGACACCGAGGCUCUGUUGGAGCUCUCAGCUGUCACAGUUCUGCUGUCACAGGAGCUGCUUUCGUCUGCUACUUUGCUCUCGUCAUUUUUUUUGUUCAUGUUAUUAAAGAUAAAUAUGUUAUCUGGUUCUUCCAAAAUAACAAAGAAAAUGUUUUUCUGUAGCCUUGAAAAAGUCUUGUAACUGCAUGCAGAGUUGAAGAAUUUGUGCCCAGUGUUUGUGUCACCGAUGUUUGUCCCAUGUGGCAGACACAACUCUGCCUUGUACUGAAAUGACCUUGCGCUCUGCGGAAUGCCACAGCCCACAUUAAAAAAUGAUGCAUAUUG